CUUUAAAUAUGAACCUACCUGAGCGCUUAUGCGCAUGCGUUCCAGAAAAGUUCGGUGGCGUUAGCUCACCGCUUCAAGUCACCUUUUACCAGCGAGAAGAGACGUUUUCGAUAUUUAAAGACGUGCUGCGUUUGAGACAGCUUCUGGGGACAACAGUGCCUCUUCUCUCCGAGCUUCGGGGGUGGGGAAAUGUAAACUACCUCCCCCGCACUUGUGGGACUUCCAGCACGCGGGGAAAUGAUGUUGGUUAGCUGAAGUUUGUGUUUACUGAUGUUGUGGUGGCUAACUAGUUAGCUCGGUUAGCUUGUUAGCGUGAAAGCUGCGCGUUGCGACCCCUUCGCAACUAUCUUUAAUGGGCAAUGUUAGCUGGAAUAUAAGCACAUUGGUUCUUGCAUUCUAAAAUAACAGUUCGUCUCGUGUUGUUGAAGUUUAAACAUAUAAACGGUUCGCUUAUAAGUCGUGAAAGCGCUCAAACUGACUUUAAAAAUCUGCUGCGAGCUUCGAAACGCCUUCACUGGAUACCCACACUGUGGAUACGGAUGAAAUAUCGGGGUCAGAACGUUCUACCUGCCACCUGCUUCCCUCCGUGUCGGACAUAGUUCGUCGUCCUGGUCCGCUAUGACCCCCCAGUUCAUCAAGUAAAAACCCCGUGGAGAGAGAGCGCAGACCUCCAGCCAUGGGAGGAUGUGUGGGGAGAUACUGGGGAGACUCGCAUAACCGAGGAUCGGCCAGGAACGGUGGACGAGGAGGACGGAACGAGCCGCUGAAAAAAGACCGUCCCAAGUGGAAGAGCGAGUACCCAAUGACGGAGGGACAGCUGAGGAGCAAGCGAGACGAGUUCUGGGACACGGCCCCGGCGUUCGAGGGCCGGAAGGAGAUCUGGGACGCCCUGAAGGCCGCCGCCGUGGCCCUAGAGUGCAACGACCACGAGCUGGCCCAGGCUAUAGUGGACGGAGCCAGCAUCACUCUGCCUCACGGGACUCUGACCGAAUGUUACGACGAACUGGGGAACCGCUACCAACUGCCAGUCUACUGCCUAGCGCCCCCUGUCAACCUCAUCUCAGAAUGCAGCGAUGAGGACUGCAGUGACAGCCCCGAACCCCCCAUAGCGUCUAAAAAAGAAUUUCAACUCAAGGUACGACUGUCCACGGGAAAGGACUUGCGCCUCAACGCCAGCAUGGCUGACACCAUCGGGCAGCUGAAGAAGCAGCUGCAGGCCCAGGAGGACAUCGACGUGCUGCAGCAGCGCUGGUUCUUCUCUGGCAAGCUGCUGACGGACAAGACGCGUCUGCAGGACACCAAGAUCCAGAAGGACUUCGUCAUCCAGGUCAUCGUCAACUCACAGGCGUCGGGAGCCCCCAAACCGUCACCCAUAACCACUCCCUCUUCGCCCAAGUCCCAGUGAUUGCAGCAGGUUGGAGCAGAGGAGCAGAUUGCUGAGUCUGGACAUCCUCACCGUCUCUGACCCACUUUCAAACGGAAGUGGAGCUCGUCGCGCUGGCGGAAACUGCGCCCUUCGCCACUGCAUACACAGACUCGGCCUCUGGGCUUUUCAUCUGCAACGUGGAUGAAACGCAGAGAGGUUGGAUUAAAUCACACAGACACUUAGCAGCUCUGGUGGAGCGUACGAUGCAACACGUUUCUUUUACUGACAAAAUACUAACUGAGCUGUUUUGCACAAUUAAAGGUUCUUACUAUACUUCUGCAGUAGGAUUGUGUGCCUUCAAGAUAAAAAAAAAAAGGGUUAAUAUAAAGGAUGAGAGACUUCCUGCUAUAGGCUGAACCCUGUGUAUUUUUUUUAGAUUCAUAUCAAUCAUAAAUUGCUGUCACUGCUGCCUUUAUUAUGCUGUCUUAUAAUGGGUGUAUGUGUUAAUGCAGAAAAAACAAUCUACGAUAAAAUCCAGUUUUCUGCCUGUCAGACGGCUUCGUGACCACUCGGAGGAGCCACACUGCCCCUUUCUGAUCUGUUUUUUCAUUGUUUUUGUGGAUCCCCCCCACCCCCCCUCCUCCCCCCUCUCUCUCCAGCUGAUGAUUGUAAUUACUUCAUAUUCCCUGAAACUAUAAAGGAAAAUUCCCUUCACCAGCAUAGAAACGGACGUGGAGCAGUGAGUCAAAGCUGUGACCCAAAACCCAGAUUCAGAGAUUCAGAGGUUGAUUUGAAAGCUCCGAGACUUGUUCCCCCCCUAGUGGUGGCAUGUCGUAUUGAAAAUUGUGAAAUAAUGGCCCACCAAUAAAGAAAAGAGUGGAAAGAAAAUGAAUUGUUCAUUUUUUUUUAAAGCUUUUGAAUACUUUAUCUAAAAACAGUGAGAUGGGCUUCGUUUUCUCUCACCGCUCCACCUGCUCACUUCUCCUGAACGUACUUGUACGUACCGUACUUACGGUACUUGUAUCAUUUCAAAGUCAUGUCCAUACCAGCGCUUCUAACAGGGAUACGCCACCGCAAAUGUCACAGACUUGAACAACAAGUUGUUGUUUUUUUUCUUCCUAUAUGUGCAAUACAACAAACCUCACAUUGUUUUUGUUUCUAAAGCAACAAAGUUGUGUGAAAGUAGAGUCCAGCCCAGCUGGGAUCUGAUAAUAAGGACCGGCAUCCCACUGGUUAUUUUUCUACGAAAUGUAUUCACAUGUCUCUUCUUCAAAACAAUCUGAGCACAGCCUGAAAGCCAACCCUUCGCUUAUCAGUGAGUCCUGUCCGUCUUAGCUGUGAAGGAACCUCUUAGUUUCAGGGUGAGUUCAUUUAUUGAACCGCCAUCUUUGUGUUUUCUUGUUGGGGAGUUGAGCCCCGACUAGAAAACGAAAACUUUUUUUGUUUGCUUGUUUGGGUUUUUUUUUUUUUUUUUUUUUUUUUUACAGAUGUUUAUCUGUCCUUUUAUUUUGUCUUUUGUGAAACUUAAAGGGAUUCAGAAAUAAUUCAAGAGUUUCAAAGGACCUCAAAAAGGAACCCCUAUUCUAGUUUUCUGGGUCCAGUAAAGCACGCAUGCAGUAACCACUUGAUCUCAAGGAAUUUUUAACCCGCAACUUUAAACGGCCCCUUUGUGCGCAAACAUUUUUCUGUUUAAUACUUGUAAACGGCGCUUUCCCCCCCACAGCAUUUAUUUCCCUUGGUGGUCAAAAAACCAACCACAUUGUAUUAUAUUAGACUUUGAAGGGACAAGACUUUGCGGUAACCGUCCCGCGAUCUUAUGACUAUGCUCAGGAGGAGCGCGCGCCUGUUCUUAUUAGAAAGCGGGCCACUUUGUAACAGCGCGCGCGAGCCGAGUGCGACCGGACUGCUCACAGGGUAAAAAGCUCGCGCGGGAGGUGCUAAAUUACAAACGUCCAAUUACAAUUACAAAAUGGACGCCUAGUCGAUAGGAAAGCGCGGUUGAACGUUACUUUGAGCACUAAAUGGCAGAAUGCUACUCACCCUGAAAUGUUUUCCUCGGCAGCCUUAUUGCAGUUCAUUCGCGCCAAGCCAUGGUACAAACGGUAACACACGCUUUCCGCUUUCUCGAUGCUUUUAGAAAAGAAAUGGAAUAUUUUUAUUAAAAUUACAACUUCAGGUAACAAAAACCUCAGUGUGUUUUUAAAAAGGGUAUGUUUACCUCGUUUUAAAACCUGAUGGAUCUGAUUUUCAUUAUUUCUUCACGUGAAAUCAGUAAUGUAAAGCCAUGUAAGUAACAAAAAAAAAGAAAAUCCUUGCUCUACAGUAUGUUGUACAAUUUUAAACUUUCCCCUUUAGCAUAUCCUCCAGGAUGGAAGUCAUAUAGCCAAGGUUUGCUUCUUUUACCGUCUCAUUCGCGUGAGCUGCUUGUAAAAACAUAGUACAACAAAUGUGUGUUUAUAGUUUCCAAAGCUGUGAAUUUGUCCCACUUGAUUGAUUUUCACCUAUAUUUGGUUGCUUGUUUGCAAAAAAAAAAAUAUAUAUUUUUUAAAUGCUUUGUUUUUGUAGUGAUCAUUUGUCUGAGAUGUUAAUAUUUCAGGAGAGGUUCACAAAAUGUCACACAAUUCUCCAGAGAUGUUUGAGUUUCAGUCUGUCCACAUUGGUAACUCGGAUUAUUCAGGUCAGUCUGGAGAAACGGGAGUAAAAUUUAUAGACAAGAAUAACAUUUUGUACACCUCCGAACAGAACACAUGACAGAGUAAUGUAAAUGUUGUGGACAUUUGUUUUUAUGGUACACAAAUGGAUCCCCAAAACGACUAUGAAAUUAAACAAAAGCCAUAAGGUGAGAUCAAGAGAUUAUAUUCUUAUAUCAGCACAGAGCUGCCACUCCAUGUAUUACUUACUAUUCUUGCCUUUAAGAACUUUAAAUUAAGUUAUAGGUUUAGGUUUAGAUUUUUGUUUUUCACAGCAGAACAGCCAUUAUAAAGCACUAAAAUAUUUCUUUUAAAAUGGGUUUAUUUAGUCAGAGAGAAAUGUUAAGGACGACAUUUACAAGUUAUUUUAUUGUUCAUUUAUAUGCUGAUUUCAUGUAAAAUCAUGUUUUUAAACUGUUGAAUAAAGUAAAACUUGUGAAAGUAA